ACCCACUCCUGCGUUCUGCUAAUGUUUUGAAAUACGGUUAUGUUUAACAUCAUAUAAAACAAAUAAUUUAAUUCCUAUUAUCACACAUUAUGGCAAAUCGAGAUUGGGGAUUUUGUGACUUAUCUGUAAGCAAGAAUUUUGGACUUGACAAACUUCAUUUUUUAGAAUUUGCCGGUUAUAAUACUGUUGCUCUUAACACACAUAUCGUGGAUGCUUCAGACGAACCUAAGAGAAAGAAAAAGAAAGGCGAAGUUAGAGAAAAAAAAAUGGACUUUGUGCCUCCACCAGUAGACUUACCAGAAGAUGUGUUAAAUUCGUCGAAACUGAAUAUCUUACAAAGAGUUACAAUUGAGUUUUCCGAUUCGAGCAUAGCCCACAAAUUGAAUCAGUCAUUAAAUCUAAAAAAGUACGACAUAAUUGCUGUUAUUCCUAAAACAUUCCAGGCAUUCCAGUAUGCCUGCGGUAGCAUGGAUAUAGAUUUGAUUACAUUUGAACCUGAGAGUAAAUUUCCUUUUAAAAUCAGUAGGAAGUUGUACUCGCAGGCUGUGGAGAGGGGUAUAUUUUUUGAGAUAAUGUAUUCACCUGCUAUCCGGGAUUCAACAUCAAGGAAGAAUAUAAUUAGUGCCGCGCAAAUCUACUAUACUAUAGGCAAAUCAAGGAAUAUAGUAUUCUCUAGUGGUGCUGAAAAUGAUAUGCAAAUCAGAGAUAUUCAUGAUGUUAUCAACUUUGGUUUUAUACUUGGAAUCAAUGCAAACAACAGUCUUGAUUGUGUUCGAAGCAAUACAAGGAAGCUUAUACUAAAGGCUGAGGCAAGGAGGUGCGGUAAACAUUACAUGAGAAUAGAUAAAGAUGAUAAUGAUACUUGGCAUACAAAUAAAGCUGCCACUGAUACAAACAAUGAUGAAGCUAAUGUCAAUCCUAAUGAUAUUGAAAAUAAAACAACUUUAGUCUAUUCACUUUUUUAUUUAAUUCUAUGAA